AUGUCCAAUGCUUUUUCAAGAAGAGGUCAGAAAUCAAGUGGAUCUCAAACACAACCUAGAUUGACUAGUUCAAUUAGAAGACUGCCACCUCCACCACGUAUAGGACAAGGGAGCUAUCAAUCACUUGGUAGUAGGAAACAUGAUUACAAGGGGAAGCCAAUUACUGUUAGUGAUCCAAGUUCUGAUCGUGAAGUAACACCUGAAAAACAAUCGAGAUCUUCAAAUGAAGAAGAUGAUCUUGAAAAUAUAUCACAAGAAGAGUUUGAUUUAAAAAGCCCCGUAAAGAAACAGAAGAAACCUUCAAUGUUUAGUAAAGCUGCAAAAUUUGGGAAAUAUAAGACUGCUCCUGAUUUGGGCCCUCAUAAAGCAAAUUUACUUUCAGACGUCAGACCUACAUUUAGUAAAAUAAUAAAGAGAGUUUCAAAUCCAAACCCUGGACGGAUAGAUCCAGCAUUCGAUGCAUCAAGAGGUGAAAACUAUAAUAAAUCAAAAGAGAAAUCAAAUAAUAAAAAGUCCAAGAAUGAUAAUAGUUCAGCAAAAGAUAUAGAUUUGUUGGACAAUCUUACAGAAGAAGAGAAGAAACUUAUGGGAGGAAGUAAUAAAACUUUAAAAUUAGCUACAAAAGCACCACCAUCAUCAGUUCCUGAUUCAUUUUUAACUGCAAAGAUCAAAAAUUCAGACAAAGAAGAACCUGUAAAAGAACCUGAAGUUGAAUUUACAGAGGAAGAAUCUAAAUUAACUGGUGAGAGUAAAAUCAGUAAACUAUUAGCCAAUACCAAAGCUAAAAAUGAUGAUUUCUUAGAAACCUUACAAAAAUCUAAAAUUACUAAACGUGAUACACCAGAAUUAGAAGAUAAAAAUAAAAGUUAUAUUAAUAUAGAUAUUGAUGAGUCAUUUGAUACUGGAUUAGUUAACAAUUUUGAAGAAUUUAAUGAAGCUAAAAAUUUCAAAAAACAAAGAAAAAUUAUUGAAUCUAAAUAUGAAAAUAAAUCAUUUCCAAUUGUUUGGGAUGAAGAUGAUUUUAUUGCAAAAGCAACACCUCAUUUAUCAUGCGUCCCCAAGAUACUUUCUGGUAAACUAGAUUCACCAUAUUAUGCAGAAGCAUCAGAUAUUGCUAAAGAAUCACCAAGUACACAUUUAUCAUCAUCAGAAUUUCUUAGACUUCCAAUUUCUCAUUUUACUAUUGGAUUCUAUGGUGUUAAAAGACAAGCUAUAAUUGCAUCAAUAAUUAAACAACAUUAUCAAAAAGAUCUUGAAAAAGCUCAAUUGAUUAAUAAGACAAUGAAAUUUUGGUCAUUAGAUUCAUUUGUUCUUUAUGUCUUAUCAUGUGAAGUUGCUGUAAGAAUGGCUGCUAAGGAUUUGAAAAUAUCAGCGGGUGAAGCAUUAGACAUACUUGAAGAAACUGUGGAUUAUGGUAAAUAUAUAACAGAUCCUGUUCCUGUUGCACCAUCAACUAAACCAACAAAUUCUCAAGGAAAUCGAAAUGAUGUUGAAGAGAUCCUCAGUGAAUCUGAAAAAGAAGAUGAAAUUGAAGAUGAUUCAGAGCUUGAUAUCCUAUAA